CUUUGUCCUAGCAACAGAGCUUAGCAACCAGUACUCAGCAAAAUGGCGAGCGUGGUGGAAGAUCUCGAGAAGCCCAAGAGUAAACGUAUUUUCGUCAACCAAGUCGAUCAGUAUCAGUGCAGAAAUAUUGCCAAGUAUUUAUCACAGUGCGUAGUGGGGGCCUCGUUAGAGGAGGCAGCAGAAGAUGAUGCAGAGUCUGGGAAAUCUUCAGAGCUGGAAGCACCCAAGGAAGGAUGCUAUGAAAUUGUGGGUACUCUGAAAGACAAUGAAAAGUCAAAGCCUGACUUUGUGAAGGAGAUAAUUAAGUAUAGCAACAAAGAUCAGCUUUAUGAGCAGCUGGUGGAAUGUAAUAUCAUUGUUUAUGACAUCACCGAGGACCCAGAUCAGAUUGAUGAAGCUGUUUGGGCAAUCUCAGAGCUGCAUGCUGAUCUGGAUAAAAUUGACAAGCCCAAGAUGUUCAUACUCAUAUCAACCUGUAUGACAUGGGCGAAAAGCAAACCAUUAGACCCUGACGAUCCAGAAAUACCGUUCACAGAAGAUGACUAUCGACGAAGGAAGCCUCAUCCAAACUUCAAGGAACACAUCAGUGCUGAGAAAACUGUAAUCAAGCUGGGCAAAACGAACAAAGCCAAGCUCGUUACAUAUGUGGUGUGCACUGGCCUUACCUAUGGUGAAGAGGAAAAUAUUUUCCAUUAUCUUUUUAAAUCUGCCUGGCAUAAUGCCCCACAGCUGCAAUGUUUUGGGAAUGGAGAAAAUGUUGUACCAACUAUACACAUCCAGGAUCUGGCAGCUGUGAUCCAGAACAUAGCUGAUUCCCGCCCAAAAGUGCGUUACCUGUUGGCAAAGGAUGAUUCACAAAACUCGCUAAGUAAUAUUGUAAAGGCUGUGAGCAAGAAACUUGGUUCAGGGAAAGUCAAAUACAUCUCAAAAGAAGAGGCUCUUCUCAGCAGAGAUAUUGAGCAAGCCGACUUCGACCAGCUGCUAGUGAAUCUGCGUAUGGAUGCUGUCUACGUAAAGGAAAACAUGCACAUUAGCUGGGUGUCAGAGACAGGGCUGGUCGACAACAUCCAUAAUGUGAUUAAAGAGUAUAAAGACAGUCGCAAUUUGCAACCACUGCGUGCUGUUGUUCUGGGACCUCCAGCAUCAGGGAAGACUACAGUCAUACAGCAAUUAUGUCAGUUUUACAAGUUGCACCAUAUCAAAAUUAAGGAUGUGAUUGAUGAAGGAAUUGAGCAGCUUCAAGUGAAAGCCCAUCGAGCGGAAGGCGAAGAUGACAAGGAAGAGGAAAAUGAAGAAGAGGAAGAAGAGGAAGAAAAUGUGAUGGGAGCAGAGGAGGCACAGGCUCUCCUGGAACAGAUCAAUGAAAGCAAAGAGCAAAAUGGAGGACGCAUUGAGGACCAGUUUGUUAUCCGCUUAUUGCGUGAGCGCCUCAAGUCAAAGCCAUGCCAGAAUCAAGGUUUCAUCCUGGAUGGUUAUCCAAAGACUUCAGAACAAGCCAAGGAGCUUUUUGCUUUAGAAGAUGAGGAGGAAGGUGAUGAAGACAAGACUCCCUUUGACAACACGAUCAUGCCACAGUUUAUCAUUUGCCUCGAGGCGCCUGAUGAUUUCCUAAAGCAGCGAAUCAUGAAUCUGCCUGAAGCAGUUGUUUCUGGCACACACAACACAGAAAAGGAGCUUAUGCGACGACUCAGUGACUAUCGUUCUGUUAACACAGAGGAGGAAACUGUGCUCAACUAUUUUGAUGAACUGGAAUUUACUGCAGAGAAAAUUGAUGUAACAAAAGACAACUCAGCAAUGAUGAAAGACACUGUUGAAAAAAUAAAGAAAAUAAUUGGGAAACCUAGGAAUUAUGGUCCAACACCAGAAGAGCUGGAAGAACUUAGAAGACAAGAGGAGGAUGAGCGGAUAACGAAAGAAAAAACUGAGAAAGAGGAGAAAGAAAGGCAGGAAGCAGAAGAAGCUGCUGAACGCAAACAUCGUCAGGAGGAAUGGUCACAGCGCCUGAAUGAAGUGAAGAGGGAAGAAUACGAACUUCUGGAGGCUCAGUCAAUACCUCUACGCAACUAUCUGAUGCAGUAUGUUAUGCCCACUCUAACCCAGGCCCUCAUCGACUGCUGUAAGACCCGUCCUGAUGACCCCAUCGACUACGUUGCCGAGUAUCUUUUCCAGCACAACCCUCAGGUGGACUGAAGAAGCUGGCCAUGUGUGAUGACAUACAUCAAAGCCAGGAUGUUACUGUUUCAGAACAGGAAAUGCCAUGGACUGUACAUGUUAUUAAAAAAAGAAAAAUAUAAAAAAAAAUCCUAAAA